AUGCCGCCGCGUAGGGCCCAGACUCGAGCUGCAGCGACCCAACAAGCUCCGACCGCCCCCAAUGAAACUCAGUCGAUCCGAGGAUUUUUGGUAAGUAUGAUGUCAUGGAUGGAGUGCCAGGAGUGGCGUUUGACCGAGGGUUCCACACCUUCUAUCCAGGAAAAUAUGGGCACAUUGUUAAAAGAGUUUCGGCAUGUGAAUCCCCCAAGUUUUAGAGGAGAGCCGGACCCGAUGGUUGAAGAUAGGUGGAGAGCUCAGUUGGAGAAGAUUUUUAUUGUGAUGGGGUGUACAAAGGAGCAGAAGGUUACCCUAGCCAUUUUCCUAUUAGAUGGGGAGGCAGAGCAAUGGUGGGAAUUGGUUUCUCGAUCGGCAAAACCUGGUGCCAUGUGGAACUGGAGAGCAUUUUGUGACUGGUUCAAGAAGAAAUACUUUCUGAGCAAUGUCCGACAGAAGAAGGUAAAAGAGUUUGAGACACUUCAGCAGGACAAAAUGACCAUGGCCCAAUACAAGGCCCAUUUUGUAGAGUUGUUAAGGUUCGCUUCACACUUGAUUGCGGAUGAAGACUUGAAGGCCCAAAGAUUUAAGCUGGGGUUGCGGGGUGUGCUUCGAUCCCACGCAGUAGCACAAAAGCUUCCAACAUAUGAUGAGGUAGUGGAUUUAGCAUUAGUAAUUGAGGCUGACCUUGAGGACCAGUUGAGGGACAAAGACCAGAGGAGAGACGGAAAGGGGAAGAAGAAGGUGCAGUAUCCAAGGCCCCAACAUCCACUACCAAGAUCACAGCAGUAG